AUGUCAGCUAUGGAGAAUAAUGAUGAAGAAUUAAAUAACUUCUUUGCCAAAAAGGACAAGACAAAGACUAAAAAGGUCACCAAGAUCAUUUCACCAGCUGCUGCUGUUGCUCAAGCUCCAGUAGUCUCUUCACCAGCACCAUCAACCACCUCCCCUACUACUACCACCACCUCUACAGCUACACCAACCUCUCUUUCACAAUCAAACGAGUCAACUCCAACCACCACUUCACCAACUUUACAAUCUUCUUCUGGCUCUGUCGUUGGAGUCAAACAACCAAAGACACUUGUAGAUUUAUCUCAAACUAGAUCAAAAGAUCAAUCUUCACCAACUACCAUUUCAGAGAUUAAAGAAAUUAAGAAUGAAGUUCCACAUAUCCCAGUUAACAUGAGAUGGGCCGAAAAGUCAAACGAAAAUACUCAAACUUCUACUUCUACCUCUUCUUCAACUAAAUCUAGCAAACAAUAUCCAUCAUUAACUUUAUCAAAGGACGAGAAACCAAAGAAGGAAUCAAGUGAUGAUAAAUACAUUGGACAAGACAAGGAACAAAUUCAAGAUGAUGAAAGAACCGAGGAACAAGUUCCAGCUGCCAAGAGCUCCAAAAAGAAGCAACAACAACAACAAAAACCAAAGAAAAAGACAAAGGAAGAUUUGGAAAUUGAACAAUUAAUGGCUCAAGCUGGUUUGGGUAAAAAGAAGUAA